AUGGCAUGUUUUGUUGACCCCCUUGUCUCUCAACUCUUCCAGAGGUUGUUUCAGCUAUUGGGGUCUGAUGAGGUGCGGGGCUUUGCCCGGCAACUUGUUGAGGGGGUAGAUUCAGAGCUAGAAGAGCUCAAAACAAAGUUGAGAAUGAUUGGAAAUCUGCUUAACCGUGCAGAAGACAUACAACUGAUGGAUGGGGCCUUAAAAGAGUGGCUUGACAAUCUUCAACACUGGGCUCAUGAUGCGGAAGACGUGCUGGAUGAGUUUCCCUAUGAAGCUUUGCGACGCAAACUGAAGGUAGAACCGCAGGAAAGCUCUAGCAAGGGAUUGAGUUGCCUCCCUGGUUAUUUCCCUGGCCGUUUGUUCAAUGUUAACACCGGCUCCGAGAUCAAAAAGAUCAAUAAUCGGUUGGAACAACUCCGCCAGCAAAGAUCAGCUGAACUUAAUUUGCAAGAGCUUUCUGGAGUGACAUCAAGUAAUGCCGCACUGCAAAGACCAGAGGAAACUUCAAGCGUGCAGCCUGAAAAUUUUGUUUAUGGCAGAGAUGAAGAUAUAGCCAAACUAGUUGAGAUAGUGAAAAACGAGCCAACAGGUGGUAGAAACUUUCGAGUGAUAACCAUUGUCGGCAUGGGAGGGAUUGGCAAGACGACAGUUGCUAGAGAGGUGUACAAUCACAAGGAACUGGAAGGCUUCAAGUUUGAGGGAAAAGCGUGGGCACGUGUUUCAUUCAAUUUUGAUAUUCUUACAAUCUCAAGGAGUCUCCUGUCAUUAAAAGGCUCCAUGCUCUCCGUUCCAAGUGAUUCAAAUGGCCUGCAAGUUGAACUGCAGAAUGCAGUAAGUGGGAAAAAAUUCUUGAUAGUAUUAGAUGAUGUUUGGAAGGUGAAAUACAACGAUUGGGAAAAGCUAACGUCUCCUUUCAAAGCUGGUGCACCUGGAAGCACGAUAAUCAUCACAACGCGUGAUGAAGAUGUUGCAAAAACAAUAAGAUGCUCUGAUAGUAUUUAUCCUUUACAGCUUUUAUCCAGAGAAGCUUGUAAGUCAUUGUUUCAGGAGCAUGCACUUGCAACUGGUUUGGCUGCUUAUACUGAUCGAAUUACAGAUACAAUUCAUGAAAAAGUCAUUGAAAGGUGCAGUGGCCUGCCUCUGGCAGCAAAGACUCUCGGUGGUCUUCUACACUCUAAGUCAAUCGAUACUUGGGAGAAAAUACUGGACAGCAAAAUUUGGAUUUCAUCUAAAGAAAAUGAUAUUCUCCCUGUAUUAAAGUUAAGUUAUCUCUAUCUCCCUUCUUAUUUAAAAAGGUGUUUUGCUUAUUGUGCAAUUUUUCCAGAAGACUAUGAAUUCGAGGAAGAAGAACUUGUAUUCCUGUGGAUGGCGGAAGGUAUUAUUCAACCUUUUGAUGAGCAAUUGAAUGAGACAGGUCAAUAUUUUCGUGAUUUAUGCUCAAGGUCACUUUUUCAAAAAUCAAAUAAUUAUGCUUCUAAAUAUGUAAUGCAUGACCUUGUUCAUAAUUUAGCUGAAUCUGUUUUUAGCAAAUUCAGUUUAAGAUCCGAGCAAGCCAUUAUCAAGCUACCGGAAAAUAUUGAAAUGAUUCGUCAUUUUUCCUAUGUUCGUUGGUAUAUUGAGGGAGUUUUUUUAAUUCCUCAUUAUAUGGAGGGAGAAAAAAGAUUUAGAGGGUUAGAAAAACUUAAGAAUCUAAGAACAUUCUUGCCGGUAUUCAAGAGGUCUGAUCAUUAUAGUAAUUCACAAAAUUAUGUAAGUGCUAUAGUUCUUUUCGAUGUGCUGCCCCAAUUAAAGAAGUUGAGAGUAUUGUCUUUUGAAAGAUACCAAAUCACUCAUAUUCCUAAUUCAAUUGGAGGUUUGAUUCAUUUACGAUCUUAUGAAGCUACCUACUCAUUUGAGAUGCUUGAGUAA